GUCUGGCUCUCGCUGCUGAACUGUUGGAAAACGGAUCUGUAACAGCAGCGGCUUUCGCGCGGUCGCUGGACGUGACAGAACCCAAUUCGCCUGGCCGCACGCACAUGAUGCUGACCUACCUCUCGCUCGAGUCGCCACUCACCAAGGUCGUCAAGCGCGCCGCCGAGGACCUCCGCCGGGGCACCAAGCGCCCGCGCCAAGGCGCCGAGUCGACGCCCCUGCCUGGCGACGCGUCGCCGCAGAAGAAGCAAAAGACGCAGCACGUGGUCGAGCCCGUCGUUGCGUUGCCGGCUGUCGAUGAGCUCGACGUCGAUGUGGACGAGGCCGCCGACCGCUUCCACCCGCAGAUCCUCGGCCGCUACUACGACUUUGACAAGACACGCUAUAACCUCAAGGUCUUUUCGUGCCGGCCGUGGAACAACAAGGUGCCAACCAAGGGCCGCUUCAACGUCACGACGCGCCGCCCGACGUACCGCCCCAAGCGAUACCCGCUAGUCGCGUGGACGCUCCCGACCUUCCCGCUCGUCUCCAUCGGUAGACACGAGCUGUAGAUCGCACGCUACCUAAUUUAUAUUUGCUAAGUUAUGAUUUGCACGUAAUUAUUCGCUGGCAACUGCAGCUUGC